GACCGGAAACGUUUUCUCUAGAUUUUUUUUUCUCUCUCUCACGCCUACGAGCCCCCACGGGAAUAAACACCUCUUUCCUGGUACCCGCUCCUUCCUCAAAAUCUCCGUUCCUCCUAUUUUUCUCUCUUCUCUCCUCUCCUCCCCUCCCGUCUCCCUCUCCCAAAUUCGAUGGUGCAAUAGUCGCGUAGAGCUCCCCCGUGUUCUGCUUCGUCGCCGUCGCGUCGUGUUCGUCGUCGACGGUUGGUCUUGCUACCAUGGACGCCUCCGCUGGAGCCGGAUCCGGCAAUGCCCCUGGCACCGGGGGCUCCGGCGCCGGUGCCGGCGAGUCAUCCUGCUGCUAUUACGCCCUGCUCGGCAUCCGCAAGAAUGCCUCCGCCACAGACAUACGCGCCGCCUACCGAAAGCUCGCCAUGAAGUGGCACCCGGACCGCUGGGCGAGCGACCCUGCCGCGACGGGCGAGGCCAAGCGGCAAUUCCAGCGGAUCCAGGAGGCGUACUCCGUUCUGUCCGACAAGGGGAAGAAGGCCAUGUACGACGCCGGGCUCUUCGAUCCCCUCGACGACGACGACCAGGAUUUCUCAGAAUUCAUGCAGGAGAUGUUGGCGAUGAUGGACAGCGUGAAAAACGAGAAGCCGGACACCCUGGAAGACCUGCAGAAGAUGCUGGAAGACAUAGCCAACGGCGACGGCGGAAGCCGUGCUAGUUCCGGUGCUGGUGCUGGCGCUGGCACCGGUGGCGGCUGCGGGGGUCGCAUGCCGCCGGACGCCAACCGGAGGACGCGCGUUGCGCCGUACCCUCAGCCGUCGCGCAGGUGAUCGACGCGCCGGUGUACGAGAUGUGCACACCGCCGCGCUUUUAGAACAGAGCAAGCGCCUUGGAACCAAUAAGACAUUGGCAGAGCACAACUGUUUCCUCAAUCCCCUUCCUCAUCGGGGUUAUUACCUGUAGUUGUUUUUAGCUUUUUAGGUCCUCCCCUGUGACAAUUGUCGCCGUUGGUCGGUUGAUCAUGUUUACCUGGGUUGGUUGCUGUGAAGGCCGCGCCGGCCAAGAAACUGUGGAUGCGCGGCCGGAGAUUCCAUUAUCGUGUUCUUGCCUCAAUUUGUCUAUCCCUUGAACUGUUUCCCCAAUUGCCCUGGAAUUUACCAUUUUUUUCUCUUA